UUUUCACCAUAACAGCUUAAAGAAUUAACGGUUAAUCAGCGAGUGAAUGCACCGAACGCAAGGUUUACAUAUGUUUAUAUAUACAAUUUGUCUUAGCCGUGGCUUAAAUCGCUCGAGUGCUCAAGUAUCCAACUGCAAAUUAUCCGGCUUUGACAUGAUUUUACGCACUCACGAGAUAUUGAUUAUAUGCCAUCGCAGUCGAACACCGCCCACAUACCUAUGUGCUCUACAGUGCGAUGGUCCUAAGCUGCAGCGCCUAGUGGCAGUGCUUUAUUUGCCAUUUGCGGAGACAAUCAGAUAUAAUCCAAAGCAACACGAUCCCGAAUCGGUACGCAUCGAUGGCGGUGGACGCUGUUAUCCAAAUUGUGCUUCAGAUGUAUGGUUGCGCUCGUGCGAACAGGAAAUCAUUGAGCCCAUUGAAGGUCAUACCAGCGGGCAUAUACCCACAUGGUUGAAUGGCAGCUUAUUGCGCAAUGGUCCCGGUAAUUGGAAGGUGGGUGAAAUGAUGUUUCAACAUUUGUUUGAUUGUUCGGCUUUGGUGCAUCGGUUCGCAAUCAAAAAUGGUCGCGUUACAUAUCAAAAUCGUUUUGUGGAGACUGAAACAUUAAAGAAAAAUCGUGCAGCACAACGUAUAGUAGUAACGGAGUUUGGUACGGCAUCGGUACCGGAUCCUUGCCAUUCGAUAUUCGAUAGAGUCUCCGCGAUAUUUCGACCUGACAGCGGUUCUGAUAACUCAAUGAUAUCUAUUUAUCCGUUUGGCGAUGAGUACUACACCUUUGCGGAGACACCGAUGAUGCACAGAAUUAAUCCACGCACCUUAGCAACGGAAGGACGCAUCUGUGUAACCGAUUUUGUGGGUAUCGUAAAUCACACAUCACACCCGCACGUACUGCCCAAUGGAACCGUAUACAAUCUCGGUACGGCCGCUACCAAAUCAGGACCAGUCUAUAAUAUUAUUUGUUUUCCACAUGGCGAGCAAAUGUUCGAAGAUGCCUACGUUGUGGGUUCAGUUUCAUGUCGUUGGAAACUACAUCCUGGCUAUAUGCACACUUUCGGCAUCACCGAGCAUUUCUUCGUAAUUGUUGAACAGCCACUCUCCGUUUCGCUGACGGAAUUUGUUAAAGCCAGCUUAUCCAAUCAACAACUUGCCGCCUGUCUCAAAUGGUUUGAGGACAAGCCUACGCUUUUCCAUCUGCUGGAUCGCGAGACCGGUAAAUUGCGUUACACUUUCCAAUCAGAGGCAUUCUUCUAUCUACACAUAAUCAAUCAGUAUGAGGAGGACAAUCAUGUGGUGAUUGACAUUUGCUGCUACAAGGAUCCCGAAAUGAUCAACUGCAUGUAUUUGGAGUCCAUUAUGAAUAUGCAAUCGAAUCCGAAUUAUGCCUCACAUUUUCGUGGACGUCCAUUGCGUUUUGUGCUGCCACUAGGUGUGGAGAAUGCGGACGUAGUGACGUUCAAAGAUCGUCCAACCAAUCAACGACGUGUGGUGAAAUCUUUCACAAUGUCUGGCAUUAGUACGCAUCUGCAACCGACGAAAAUGAAGCAUUCCGAGUCGAAUUAUGAGAAUAUAACAAAUAUGGCGCUUAAUAAAUUGCAAGAAGAAGAGAUGCUCGAGUACAAUACAUUUGCGGGUGAAGCGGAUGAUGCGAAAACGAAUGUGGACAGUGAAACAAUGGUGAAUUUGGUCACUUUGAAAUACAGCACGGCGCAAGCAUACCAGCUGAGCAAUCGCAGCAUAAUGGUGCGGCCCGAACUAUUGUGCGAUUGGGGCUGUGAGACACCGCGCAUAAAUUAUGAGAAGUUUUUGGCCAAAAAGUAUCGUUACUUCUAUGCGAUUAGUUCGGAUGUAGAUGCUGAGAACCCCGGCACACUCGUCAAAGUUGAUGUGCUCACAAAAGCAGUACAGAAAUGGUGCGAACCGAACUGUUAUCCCAGCGAGCCAGUCUUUGUGCCCGCGCCAGAUGCCAGCGCCGAAGAUGAUGGCGUGGUAUUGGCCUCUAUGGUUUGGGGCGGCUUAAAUGAUAAUCGCGUUGGACUGCUGGUGCUAUGUGCCAAAACCUGGACUGAGCUGGGUCGUUGCGAUUUUCAUGCGAAUGGACCGGUGCCGAAGUGCCUGCACGGCUGGUUUGCGCCCGGCGUUGUGUAACCAAAGAUGCCACAAUGAAAGCAAUAUUCACGGCUUAGUAUUUUAGUAAAAUUGCUAAAAAUUUAUUACACCGUUAGGCGCUAAUCUUAGUAGUACCAUAAUACUGAUUUGAUAAAUAUGACUUAAUUAAUAAACUCGUUAUUUUUAGAAUCUUAAAUUAAUCACAUUAUAAAUGAA